AUGUCUACGCACCGUGCCACGGUAUUGGAACAUUUUGGCACCCCUCCUGGCCCCAAGUUCUGUUUGCUGUUUCCAAAGAACGCGGAGGCACGGAGAAUGCUCGGAAUAAAACACAGCGAGGAGGAAGCACAGAACAUGUCCCAGGCGGAACGCGACGACAAGGCACAGAGAAUGCAACGCUGUGAACGCAACCGAGUUAGUAACAAGAUCUUCCGCGGAGCAGAGGGCGGCCCUGCCCUCUGUUUUGCAUCUAGUUCGACAUCCAGCAGAGCCGAGGUCGGGUCCAUGCUACGCGACGACAGGAUCGCACCCCCGGCCUCUCGGGCACUCCCAACAUCGGGGGUGAGAACGCUCACAAUGGGCGACGGACCUCAGGCAGCCGUGUUCAAGACCAAGUACAGCGCGGAAAAGGUGGCGUCGAAUGAGCCGGUGACACUCAGAGACGUUAUGUGA